CGGGGCCGGGCCGCGCUCUCCUGGACCGGUUGCUGCCUGCAGGCGCUGCUCUGGCUGCUAGCGGUGAGCGGCGAGGAGCGGCCCUUCAUCGUGGAGAAUUGGUUGAAGACCUAUGGAUACUUUCUGCCAGAUGACCUCCGGACGUCUGCCCUGCGAUCAGCUCACUCUAUGCAAGCCGCCAUUGCAGCGAUGCAGCGGUUCUACAGGAUCCCUGUCACUGGCGUCCUUGACGACACCACCAUUGAAUGGAUGAAGAAACCGCGAUGUGGUGUCCUUGACCUGCCGCACAUCAGCCGGAGACAGAGGAGUAAGCGCUAUGCGUUAACCGGCCAGAAGUGGAGACAGAAAUCCAUUACAUACAGCAUUCACAAUUUCACACCCAAAGUGGGAGAGUUUGAGACACGUCGAGCCAUCCGCCGUGCAUUCAAUGUCUGGCAGAAAGUCACGCCAUUGGCUUUCAAGGAGAUAUCUUCUCAAGAGAUUAAAAGUGACACAAAGGAAGCAGACAUUGUCAUUUUCUUUGCUUCCGGUUUCCAUGGUGACAGCUCCCCCUUCGAUGGGGAGGGAGGUUUCUUGGCACAUGCUUACUUCCCUGGGCCAGGAAUUGGUGGAGACACACACUUUGACUCUGAUGAGCCGUGGACGCUGGGAAACUCCAAUCAUGAUGGCAAUGACCUGUUCCUCGUGGCAGUUCAUGAGCUGGGCCACGCCCUGGGCCUCGAACAUUCCAACGAUCCCAGCGCCAUCAUGGCUCCCUUUUACCAAUACAUGGACACAGACCACUUCAAACUCCCACAAGAUGAUCUCCAGGGCAUUCAGAAGAUCUACGGCCCACCCACAGAGACCCUGGGACCCACCAGACCUCUGCCAACACUCUCUGCUCGCAGGAUCCACUCCACUUCAGAGCGAAAACAUGAGAGACAGCCUCGGCCUCCUCGGCCGCCUUCUGGGGAGAGACCCCCCCACCCUGGCUCCAAACCCAACAUCUGUGAUGGACACUUCAACACAGUGGCCUUGUUUCGAGGAGAGCUGUUUGUUUUCAAGGAUCGCUGGUUCUGGCGUCUACGAAACAACCGUGUGCAGGAGGGGUAUCCCAUGCAGAUCGAUCAGUUCUGGAAGGGGCUCCCCACCAGGAUCGACGCUGCCUAUGAGAGGUCAGAUGGAAAGUUUGUCUUCUUUAAAGGUGACAAGUACUGGGUGUUCAAGGAGGUGACCGCUGAGCCUGGAUACCCUCACGGGUUGCUGCAGUUGGGGAAGGGACUUCCACGAGAGGGAAUCGACACUGCCCUUCGCUGGGAGCCAGUGGGAAAAACCUACUUCUUCAAGGGAAACAAGUAUUGGAGGUACAACGAAGAGCGACAGGCGUCUGACCCUGGUUAUCCCAAACCCAUUACCAUCUGGAAAGGAAUUCCAGAGGCCCCUCAGGGCGCCUUCGUCAGUAAGGAAGGGAAUUACACAUACUUUUACAAAGGGAAACAGUAUUGGAAGUUUGACAAUCAGAAGCUGAUCGUGGAGCCAGGUUACCCUCGAUCGAUCGUUAGAGACUGGAUGGGUUGCAAUCACAAAGAUGUGGACGUGAACGGAGACCGGCAUCGGCCUAGUGAUGACGUGGACAUCAUGGUCCAGAUCAAUGAUGUGCCCAGCACCGUGAAUGCCAUCGCUGUCGUCAUCCCCUGCAUCUUGUCCCUCUGCAUCUUGGUGCUCAUCUACACCAUCUUCCAGUUCAAGCAGAAGGGAUCACAGCAGAACCUGGUGGCCUGUAAGCGCUCAGUACAAGAGUGGGUCUGAGCAUCUGUCCACACAAAUGCAUCGGUUCAUGAGGGCUAUUCGUGAAUGAGGCAGAAAUCUUCCAUCUGUAGGAAGGAUAAGUGAGAGUCUGGAAUCUCUGAACCUCGUGGUAUUUGUGGUUUUUCUAUGGACAAGUGAACUGGGGGCUCCCACCACACACAUCUCGCAUCUUUCCUACAAUGCCUCAUUCAUGUUUGUGAUGUGCCAUUGUGUUAGCCCAGUCUGCCUGCGUACGUUGAUACGUCAGUGGGUGGACCUUUUCAAUAAACACAGGCAAGUGCCGCAGAGACGCAAGGAUGAACUUGGGCCUGUGUUUCUUCUCUGCAGUGUUGUUGAACGGUUACUGGUUUGGCAGAUGUUCGCAGCAGAACACAGUCUUUUAAAACUCAAUGUUGAAUGAGAAAAGAUGCUACCGGUCCUCAGAUAUCUCAAGUCAAACAAAGAUCCCAACUCUUCAUGUAAUGUCAUUUUAUUACACAUUAAGUGGAACACUAGAGGAAAGGAAACUUAGAUUUGUUAAUCUACAGGGGGAUUAAAACAUUUCAAUGUAUUUUGAAAUAAGUGGGGGCCAAAAUAUCUACAAUAGUUAAACAGCCUUAAAACAUUUUUUUUGUUAGUUGUUUGGUCAAGUCUUGAAUGUCAACAUUAACAAGUCUUUGUGAGCUAUCAUUAUUGAAUCUGUGACCACAGCGGUUCGAUCAGAGGCCAACCCAAUUCAGGCCGGGAGACCAAGCAUGUUGAAAGGUCAGUGUUAGCAGUUACCUGUCUAGUGUACUGGUAGAUCCAGACCCGCCCUUUCACCCAGAACUAUCCACAAGCAUAAGCCACACAAGUCAGUGAGGUGGUCAUUUCUCUGAAAGGGAAAGUAGUGACUUGGACAUGGCCAGGGUCUGGGUCUGAGCCAAACAGUAUUAUUCCAUGGUCUGUGUGAAAGCGGAGAGUAAGUUUGUCAGGGUAACCGGAUGGAGGAACCUGACUGGGCUCCAGGUGACACCGUAUGUGCUGCUGCAGCCACAGGCUGACCAUCCCUGGGAAUGACCUCUGUCCCUGGGCUAGCUGCAGUCCCCAGACCCCAACCCCCUGGGACUGUCUGCUGACCACAGGCCAACCCUGGCCCUCAUCCCCCUGGGGUUAACUGUCCCUUUGGUACUGACCUAUGAUCCUGGGCCAAACUCCCUGUGGGACUUUUAGCUGUCCAUAGACUGACUGUGGCCCCCAUUACCCCCACCCCAGGGCUGACCAAUCCCUCCCUAGCCCCAGGACUGACUGCUGACCCCGAAUUCCUUCCUCUCCCCUCCCCAGGGCUUAGUGCUGCCAUCAUCCCCCCAAGGCACACUACAUCCCCUGGACUAACUGCUGACCACAGCCCUCAAAGUCACGAGGGUUCACCACUGACAUCUGACUGACCUCUGCCCCCAGCACCCAUUGCUGAGUGCUUCCCCCAGCCUCCAGAACCGACGACAGCCCUCAGCCACACCACUGCCCACAGGCCCAGCGAGUGAGCAUGAGCUCAGGCUGACAGCUGACCGCUACCCCAGCCCCCGGGACUGACAGCUUCCCCUGAAUUGACCACAGCUUUCAGCCACCCAGGGAGGACCACUGACCCCAGGCUGCUAUCAUCCCCAGGGCUGAAUGCUGACCCUAGACCGAUGACUACAUUUGGACACCACAGGGCUGAGCACUUCUGGGCUGACUCUGCCCUGGGCCAUACCAGGGCUGGCUUCCGUCCCAGGGUCUGACCACUGCCAUCGUCCCCAGGGCUGCCCCAGUCUGACAGCUUAGAAAGGGGUUUGACAAUGCAGGACCGUCUAGUGUAUGGGGAGUCUCUUUCUGAACAGCUGCACCAACACCUGUUUACACUUAAUUGUAAAUUAUGAGCAGAUAAUAAAAAAUUGCAGAUAUCCAUUUUAACCUGAUGGGCAAUGUUUCUGUGGCUCUGUUAGGAUUGGUGAGGCUUCAAAAGCAGUGAUUGUUCAACAGUGAUCUUGACUCGGUUCAAGGUUAAAGUGACUUUUCCAUUGACCAGCACAUUAACCACCAACUGGUUUGUCACCAUCACAAUCAGAUGAGCCCAAUCAAAAUUCACUGUGCUGUGGAAUUGACAACAGAAGCUCUUAUUUUAGAAGGUAGCUGGUGUCAGAGGUGUUUAUCGUGUUUGGGAAAGUAGCCGGUGUCAGAGGGAGACUGUGUGUAUAUCGUGUUUGGGAAGAGAGAGAGGUGGGUAUUAAUCGUGUUUGUGAAGGUAGUCGGUGUCAGAGAGAGAGGUGGGUAUUAAUCGUGUUUGGGGAGGUAGCGGGUGUCAGAGAGAGAGAGGUGGGUAUUAAUCGUGUUUGUGAAGGUAGUCGGUGUCAGAGAGAGAGGUGGGUAUUAAUCGUGUUUGUGAAGGUAGCCGGUGUCAGAGAGAGAGGUGGGUAUUAAUCGUGUUUGGGGAGGUAGCGGGUGUCAGAGAGAGAGAGGUGGGUAUUAAUCGUGUUUGAGAAGAUAGCCGGUGUUAGAGAGAGAGGUGGGUAUUAAUCGUGUUUGGGAAUGCAGCCAGUGUCAGAGAGAGAGGUGGGUAUUACGCAAACAACAGGAAUUCUGCAGAAGCUGGAAAUUCAAGCAACACACAUCAAAGUUGCUGGUGAAUGCAGCAGG